CACAGCAUAGGAAAAAUUAGUACAAAGAAGGGAGUUAUGGGUAGCGCCCACAUGCCAAAGCGGGCUCUCAUCGGAGCUCUCCUUAUAGCCAACAUGCUUACGGCGACUCGUCUAUCCUUUUCCAUCCAACCCCUCGUCCGCAGGUCUUCUUAUUCUCUUAUUUGUCCAAAACAUUUCCCAAAAUCACGUCCCUGUCCUCUCUGGUCUUCGUCUUUCUCUUUUUGCCUUCAGAACCCCCACAGAUCACCAACCUGUCCCUCCAUCGUUCCAUUUUCUUCUCAUUGUUCCGCUCCAUCAAUGGCUACUGUCCCCCAGUCAACCCCAGAAGUCAACCCUCUCCUCCUGGAUUUCGAUUUCCCGCCCUUUGAUGCCGUCAAAGCUGAUCAUGUCAUCCCUGGGAUUCGUACUAUGUUGAAUCAACUUGAGAAUGAUUUGAUUGAAUUGGAGAGCAAAGUCGAACCCACAUGGCCCAAGUUAGUAGAUCCUUUGGAGAAGCUUGUGGACAGAUUAUCUGUGGUUUGGGGAAUCGUCAAUCAUCUCAAGUCUGUCAAGGAUUCGUCUGAGCUUCGUUCUGCAAUUGAGGAAGUCCAGCCAGACAAGGUCAAAUUUGAGCUUAGGUUGGGGCAAAGCAAACCCAUUUAUAAUGCAUUUAAAGCUAUUCAAGAAUCUCCUGAGUGGCAAACACUGAGUGAUGCUCAGAAACGUAUAGUGGACUCCCAAAUAAAGCAAGCAGUUCUUAGCGGUGUUUCUCUUGAAGAUGAUAAAAAGGAGCAUUUUAACAAGAUUCAACAGGAGUUGGAAAAACUCUCUCAAAAAUUUGAAGAGAAUGUAUUGGAUGCCACAAAGAAGUUUGGAAAAUUGAUAACUGAUAAGAAAGAUAUUGAAGGAUUGCCUGCUACUGCUCUUGGGUUGGCUGCUCAAACAGCAGUGUCUAAGGGGCAUAAAGAUGCUACUGCUGAGAAUGGGCCUUGGAUAAUUACAUUGGAUGGUCCAAGCUUUCUUUCUGUUAUGCAACAUGCUCAAAACCGUUCCUUGCGUAAGGAAGUUUAUUAUGCUUAUGUAACCCGUGCCUCUAGUGGAGAUUUGGAUAAUACGGAAAUUAUUGGCCAAAUCCUGAAGCUUAGGUUGGAAAAGGCUAAGCUUCUUGGUUACAGUAACUAUGCAGAGGUAAGUAUGGCAACCAAAAUGGCUACUGUUGAUAAGGCAGAAGAGCUUCUAGAAAAGCUUCGCAGUGCUUCAUGGGAUGCUGCAGUACAAGAUACGGAGGACCUAAAGAAUUUCUCCAAAAGUCAAGGUGCAGUAGAAGCUGAUGAUUUGAGCCAUUGGGAUCUCAACUUUUGGAGUGAGAGGCUUCGUGAGUCAAAAUAUGACAUAAAUGAGGAGGAACUACGCCCCUAUUUCUCAUUGCCAAAGGUCAUGGGUGGUCUUUUCAGCCUUGCUAAGAUGCUUUUUGGAAUUGACAUUGAGCCAGCUGAUGGUCUUGCUCCAGUUUGGAACAAUGAUGUGAGAUUCUACUGUGUGAAAGACACUGCAGGUAGUCCAAUUGCAUAUUUUUACUUUGAUCCAUAUUCUCGUCCAUCUGAGAAACGGGGAGGUGCAUGGAUGGAUGAGGUUGUUGCUCGCAGUCGUGCAUUGUCACGUGAUGGUACCAAAGCUAGGUUGCCUAUUGCUCAUAUGGUGUGCAAUCAAACACCACCAGUGGGAAAUAAACCAAGCCUUAUGACAUUCCGUGAGGUUGAGACUGUUUUCCAUGAAUUUGGUCAUGCACUUCAGCAUAUGCUUACCAAGCAGGAUGAGGGUCUGGUUUCUGGUAUUCGGGGGAUAGAGUGGGAUGCUGUUGAAUUACCUUCUCAAUUCAUGGAAAAUUGGUGUUACCACAGGGAUACUUUGAUGAGCAUCGCUAAGCACUAUGAAACUGGAGAAACACUACCUGAAGAUGUGUAUUUGAAACUUGUUGCAGCAAGGACUUUUCGUGCCGGGUCCCUUAGUCUUCGUCAGAUAAGAUUUGCAACUGUGGAUUUGGAGCUGCAUUCAAAGUAUGUGCCAGGUGGGUCAGAAACCAUAUAUGAUGUUGAUCAGAGGGUUUCCAAAGGAACACAAGUGAUCCCUCCACUUCCUGAGGACAGGUUUCUAUGCAGUUUCAGCCAUAUAUUUGCAGGUGGAUACGCAGCUGGAUACUAUAGUUACAAGUGGGCAGAGGUCUUAUCUGCAGAUGCUUUCUCUGCCUUUGAGGAUGCUGGAUUGGAUGAUGAGAAGGCUGUGGAGGAAACAGGGAAAAAGUUCCGAGAAACCGUGCUUGCUCUUGGAGGUGGUAAAGCACCAUUGGAGGUUAGAGAAGUUAAAUUUGCGUGUUUUUUUUUCUAUUUGCGUAAUCUUCUUCUAUAUUUUUUAAAAAUAGACCCUGAACAGCCAUUAUUUUUCUAGAUUACGGCUGCAUCGUAAUAAAAUUGUGAAUUGUAGAUAGUGAAUUUUAUUUUGGAUUGGCCUUUCCUAGAUUUUGUGAAUAUGAUGUUGUGACCGUGCUAAAAGUUGUUGUCUGCAGGUUUUUGUGGAAUUUCGAGGGCGUGAACCUUCUCCAGAGGCACUACUGAGGCAUAAUGGCUUAUUAUCGGUCACCGCUUCUGCAUAGAAGUUGUAUUUUCUUAUAAAAUUGCUGUACAAGGCUUUGAAGCGGCCUUUAGGAUUGUUUCUUUUUUUAAUCAUACACCACAGACGGGCUCCAAUAAGAUUAACUUAUUCUGAAGGACGUUUUGGCAAUGUUCUUAUUUAGGUGAUUUUCUUGGUAAGGAAAUUGACACAAUGAGAGCAAUAGUGGAUGUCUCUUGCUCGAAGAUACGCUUUUGGAUUCCUCUAAUUGGACGAUAAAAAGAAAUGUUCAAAAAGGGGUUGUGUUUAGUAGUUUGGGCUUCAAAACUGGAUGAACAUCGGCAUUAGAGCCCUCUUGCUUGCACUCUGGAAAAUUCCUUGUGGUCUGGGUGGGCUUUUCACUUGAACGUGCGAUGGUGGUGUUUUUUUUUUUCCUUACAAAACGUUUCUAAGAUAUUUUAAAAAGUCUUGCCAACAGGCGGAUAGGAUUUAAGUACUUUUGCAAACGAUAUCAACAGUAGUUGAUGCCAUUAAUAAUUCUAAACUUACAGUUAAACAGAAUUUAAUAACAAGCGUGCGCAUGUACGAACGAUGGCGUAACUUGAGAUAAAGGACACAAAUGAAUUGGAAUGCCCUGAGUCCUGGGCCUUGGGCUCUAACAACAAGUUGAAUUGGGAUGGGUUUAGGGCCUCUACUUGAUUUCUGUCCAAAAGGGUGGAGAGGGACAAGUACGUAAUUAUGAAAGGCUUGCCUUCAAAGAUUAGCCUGGUUGGGAAAAUAUAAUCAACAUACCCAUCCACCUACCAACCAACUUUUGUGUAUGAUUUUAUUUCUUUAUUAUUUUUAUUAUUUUAAUUGUCCUCAUUCCUCAACUUAAGAAAGGCUGCCAGAUAAGAGAAUAUAAAGCAAAAGAGCGCAUACCUUAAUUCUGCUCAUCACUCUUUUUCCUUUUAUGGUCUGAUAACUAUUUCCAUAUAGCUAACAAACAGCAGACUUUGAUUCAGUUAUAAUUACUGUCCGUUUGAUUCCUGGGAAAAUAAUUACAAAAUUUUGAAUCUUAUAACAGGUUUAUAGGGUUUUAUGGUCUGAAUCUGCAUCUUGCUCUCAGUAUCGAGAUGGCGAGAGCGGGUGGGAUCACCAACGCGGUGAAUGUGGGAAUUGCAGUGCAAGCAGAUUGGGAGAACCGGGAAUUCAUCUCUCACAUUUCCCUCAAUAUCCGUCGCCUCUUCGAAUUCCUCGUCCAAUUCGGUAUGUAAACACUGUUCCAAUCCUUUCUCUCUCAGUUUCUUAUCUUUUAUUUCAACUAGAUCUCGAAUUUCUCAUCUUUAUGUUUUUUUUACUGUUUUCUGGAGUUUUGAGAAAUGAUUUAGGAUGGGGCUUGGGAUGUUGACUACGCUAGAAUUUGUGGUCUUCGUAGUUGUUUGGAUUGGAUCCGAUAAUGUUAAAAUGAUUUUGCAAUCUCGAUUUGCUUUAGGGAGUUUCCUUACGAUUGUACCGUUGUAAUUACUUCUGUCUGUUUCGUAAUGGGGUUCAUUGAGUAUAUCAAUAGCGUGAUGGAUUGUUCACUUUGAGGAUGGUGACUAAAACAUUGUUCUUCUGCGUUUGACUGCUUUGCUUCUUUAAUCAAAGCGAGCGUCCUUUUCUGAAUUUACUUCCUUUUUUUGCGCAUCAGUACAACAUUUUGGGACUUUUUAUUCAAACAUGCUAGGACAACUCAGGUCCAAGAUGUUCUCUACAAAUUGAUUUUAAAUGCUUAUUCGUUUUGGUUGUUUUCAUACUCAAUUCCUAUGCUUCAGAAAGCACCAGUUUCUUUUUUGAAGUGCGAAACUCUUCAUGAAUAACCAAAAGAAUUUGUACCCUUGCUCUGCCUGAAUCUCUUCUUAGUCUUCAGCCUUUGUUCAUUUCAUCAUAUUGAAUUAGAUGUUAAGACUGUUCCUGGGGAAUUCUGGUCUAAGAUGGGUGGCCUCAUAUGAAUCUUGUGUACCUUUCUUUUGACACAUAGACAAUGUAGUCUGCAUAUUCAGAUGAGGAUAAUAUCUAGUUCACAAUGGUAAGAGUUUGUAAUAAAGUUUUCUAACUUCUGCAGUAGUCAGGAAUGACCAGUGGGUUAGGUACUGAUUCUUAAAGAACAUUCACUUUAAUGAAGAUCUCUACCCUUCUUUCGGAUUUGAUAUUAAUGCGGUUUGUAAUUUUUGUUGAUUUCUUUGAACAGUUUUGUAUAAAUAAAGGAGCUUUCUGGGCUUUGAAAUAUUUUAGUAUAUUCACUUACUGUAUUCUCUUUCAGAGGCUACAACAAAGAGCAAAUUGGCAUCAUUGAAUGAGAAGCUUGAUACGCUAGAGCGUCGUCUAGAAUUGCUUGAAGUUCAAGUGGGUACUGCAUCAUCCAACCCAUCUCUUUUUGCUACAUGAUGUCCAAGUGGGUACUACAUCAGCCAGCCUAUCUCAUCUUACUACAUUGUGUUUACUGGAUCAUAUUGUUGUAGAGUAAUAGCUUACCCAUAAGCACCACUUGUCUUGCUUGUGAACAGAUUCUGUUAAUCUUGGAAACCAUUUUAAGAUUAAUAUAUCCAUGUGGUUUCAUA